AUGAAGUCGUUCCUGGCACUCUUCGUGGUGGGAGCCGUUGCCUUGAAGCAGGGCUCGCUGAACCUGCUGAGGCUGCCCGUCAACUCCGACAGCGACCUCGACUUCGAGGACACGCUGGUGGCGGCCCUCCGCGCCUCAAAGGGCCGGUCCAGCCCGGAGACCAAGGCCUUGGUGGACAAGAUCCAGCAGCUCUUGAACGAUGCCAAGCCCUCGAUCAAGAAGACUUUGGAUGGCAUGCAGGCCACCUUGACCAACGCGGGCAAUGCCAUGUCCGAUUGCGGUGGUCAGGAGAUGCAAGCAAGCUCCGCCGCCUUCGAGAAGAACUUCACGACCAAGAGCGCAGCCCACAAGACAUGUCGACAGACUCAGAAGCAGAACCUCGAUGCGCAGAACACCUGCCAGACCGAGCUGAAGACAGUGACAAGCACCGCCACGACGACUUGCGACGCGCUGGAAGCACUGGAGAAGACCAUGUACAGUGCAAAGGACUCUUGUGAAGUGAAGUCUGGCGAGGCCUUCGAGGCUUACCACGCGCGGCUGAUCGAGGCUUCGCAGAAGACUCUGGCAGAGUACAAGAAGCUCAAGGAGGGGUGCGCCAAAGCCAAGAAGGAGUUGGAAGACAAGGGACCCGAGUGCACCGUCGCUUUGAAGACCUACGAAAGCCAGAAGGAAAACUGCGACAGUGUGCAGGAUGCCAUGGAUAGCCUGUCUUGCUCCCACUACGAGGCAGCGACUAGCAAGUGUGAGGCUUCUGGAACGUGCUACGACAAGGCCGUCUCGAAUUACGAGUCAGUUCAGACGUCCUCCAUGACCCAGCUGGACAGCUUGAAGAAGGAGUGGCGCGCCAUCUUGCGAAUGGAGUGCAUCAUUCAGGUCUUCAAUCUCGAGGAGUCCAAGAGGGCCAGCGCCAUUGACAGCUGCCAGGCACAGGACAUGAGCGCACAGGCCGACAGCGACCUCCCGCUGCAGCUCUCCACUAUCCCCAACAAGCCCACCUGCCACGUCCCUGCGAACAAGGCUGGCAGUGCAGGGUAUGUGCAGGCCAACUUCGACGGCCUGCCAGCGGACAGCCCGGCCAAAGCGUGUGUUGCUUCCUGCUGCCAGCAGCCAUCUCGCGGCACCUCCGGCUUGGACUUCUCGGGACUCGGCACCACGCCUUCCGGCGACUGGCACCUGGCCCUCAACAUCGACACGAACGAUGGCAAUGUUGUGUCGUACAUCAACACCGACUUCUGGGAGUCCGCCACGGCCCUCGGCGGCGCCAGCGACAAAGUGGGAGACCGCUUCACUCGGGACUACAAGGACGUGGAUGUCUUCAACAAGCUUCAGGCCAAGCAACUGCUCAUCGUCUGCCACAACGAGGGCAAGGCGCUUGGAUGGCGCUCCUGGAAGCUGGUCGACACCAAGACGCUGCAGGGCUGGUUCACGAUCGGCAACACUUGCUCUACAGGGCUUCAGGAGAAGAAGUUCCAGAUGGCUGUAGAAACCACCGGUGGUGACGUGGGAACCCUCGUCAAGAACGAGCCCCUGAUCAAGAACACGAUCGACGGCACCGAUAAGCUCUAUGUGAACUCAAACCAUGAGAAUGGGGACUUCGACUUCAAUCGGCUCUCCGUGAACGUCGACGUCAACUGGUCCGGAAACUUUGGAGCCGGCCUUGGCACCCAGUACGACACUCAGAUGAUCAGCGGGGGCAACACCUGUGGCAAAACAUCACGGCCGCAGGCAGAUGCGGAAAUGCGAACGGAGCGGCACCACUGGGGUAGCGAUGGCGGCAUCGGUGGCCUCAUUGGUUCAGACCACCUCUGCAACGAAAAUUGCCCUUGGACGAUCAGCUCAGGCUACGAUUACGACUACGCCAUCUUUGUUUUGCCGUAG